AUGGAGGAACAGAGGAGUAAACGCCCACUUGAGAGGUCACUUGAUGCUUCUUUGUAUGUAUCAUUGGUACAAGUACUAUCCUCUUCUUUGCUGCAGGAUUAUGAGCAACUUUUAUCACAGUUACGCAUAGUAAAAGCUAGGUUGAUAAACUUUCGACCUUACUAUGUCACCAAGGCAAACUUGUUAAACACCCUUUUGGUAUAUACGUACCCGGAAACUAUACCAUAUAGUUUGGUAUCUGAAAUAGCUGAGUUCAUACUAAGUGAAAUUGAGAUUGUUGAAGCAGAAGACGCUACAUAUCCAUUUCAGUCAAUUGAAAAUGAAACGUCACUAAUUCAAACAGCAGAUGACUUACUCAUUGACACCAAUUCCAAAUCGCAAGCACUUGGAUUUGAAUACGAUGAGCUGAUUGACGCGAAUAUGAACUUAUUGCGGUUUAUACAAGCUAAAACGUUUGAUUUAAGUCGAUCGUACAGAGAUCUAAAUGAAAUAAGCGGACUAUUUGAAAAUGUUGAUUUCAAAGAGUUUCGGCUAUGGCAACAAGGUGUCAUAGAACCAUACAAAUACUACUGGACUCAUUUUGGGUCGAUCUAUCAGCUGGAGCUGAUAUCGCUGCACGCAUACCUCAAGUCACACUCAUUGCAAGAACAUUUUGAUAUCCUAGUGCAUCCAAUAGACAGCGACCAGGUGCACAGUGUCAAGUCCUGGUUUCAAUAUACAAUACUUCCAAUUUUAAGCCAUUAUGACUUUGAUUUGGAACCUUUGGAAAGUUGGAUGUUUACUAAAUAUCAUGGCUCGGUUCAACAAAAGUUUGAGUUAUGGAAUAUUGGCAUCAAGAUGCUUGCAAAUCAAUUGGGAAUUUCCAAAAUCCAGAAUAUUGUCGAGAAAUACUUGGUAAUGUGCUAUUACAAUGCAUUUAUUCUUCAAGCGAGUGCUAUUUCGUCAGUGGACUUGACGAAAUUGUAUGACAUUAUCAGCGAAACAUUGUCUGCCAUAGUUUGCGAUGAUACUGCUGUUGAACCCCCAAGCUUACAAUUUGAUUGGCAGCUGUCAAUAACUGCUGCAACGUUUGAUGAGUUUUCAUCCAUCCAUAACCCCUUGCAUCCUUUAUUCCAAAUAAAAUACACAGCUUUUCUUCGAGAUGCAAUUGCAACGUGUCAAAGAUUGUUCCCUAUAAGCAAACUCACUUUGGAUAAAUAUCUUGAAUUAAAAUUCAACUCCAACGACAGCUCUCUUCAAAAGGAAGUUUCCAAAAUUACUUGCAAUAUAAACGCUUCCAAUUCACAGCAGUUGAUUCAAAUGGUUGAGGUAUUUCAAAAAGUCUUUGUGCCACGAGGAAAGAAAGCAAACGUAGUUAACUAUAUUUUACUUGAGAGAUUGCUAACUGCUAAUUUAUUUGAUCAGGUGACUUUAUUACUUAAAGACGGAGGAUUUGACUUGUCGACAAAGGAAAUCUACGAGUUGGUAAUGGAAAAAUUUUGGGAGAGUUUUAAUCAGGCAACGAAUAUCAAUGAUAAGAUUGGUCACUUGCAUCAGUCAAGAAAAUGUCUUGACUUGGUUGAAAAUCAAAAUCCAACUCAGUCAGAUUUGUCUGAAGCCAACCGGAAAGAAAUUGUUAAGCUCAAACAUCUAUUCAAGGCAAUGAGUGCUAUGAAAAAUUUCAAAAUUGUUGUUGAAAAGAAUAAGCCAUUUACUCCUAGUCAAUUGAUCAAAUUCUCGGGCCAGAUAACAAACAACCAAAUUGACGAAAAAAACUGCUUUCAUUUGAUAACCAUCAUUUUAGAACAAAACGCAAAAUCAUAUUUAGCAUUUGAGAAAUUGUUUCGAAUUUUAAAUGACUUGUUAUUAUACUUUGAUAAUUUGGAUCUAGUUGAGAGCAAUUUUUACUUCAACAAGUUGAAAAGUGCCUGUAUCGAAAGUGCAUUAGUUGAUAACAAUUUUUCAUUUGCUUAUGAUCAAAGUAUCGAGUUAUUUGAGCAUUUUGCAGCCACGACCAACAUUGACGAGUUUUGGCUAACGUUUUAUCAAGUGGGGAAAUUUGUAUCGCCUGACUGGUUGGAGAGUGAUGAAUCCGAUAUACUUGGUAUUUGGAUUAAACAAAGACAGAUAUUAUCGUUAACUCUACAGAGGAUCAACUGUGGAGAUCACGUAACCAUUGUUCUAGAUCAGUGGAACAACUUGAAUAGGCAAAUUGAAAAGCACUGUUCAGAAAAAGAAGUUUACCAGGCCAAAACAUCAUACGAUUAUGAGCCACAGGCACAACAACCAAUUACUUCAAUCACACAAGGACUAAUUACAGAUGCUACGAAAAGAAGCAACAACGCCAGCGAAAAAAUUUCAAACUUGUUUGUUUCUGGUUUGGGAUGGGCUAUAGGGGCUACUAAACAGUGA